AUGAUUUCCAAGAAUUCUCUCUCUCGUGUCAAGAUCUCUCAAAAAGCAGCAGAAAAUGAGACAUGUAUUCCUAAUAUCCAGGAUGGUUCUUUGUGCAAGAGUAAAUAUGAUCAGGAUAUUGGGACUGGUAAAACUAACCAUAUGCUCGAUGGAGGAAAUUGUCAGUAUCAGAAGCAGCCAUUACCUUUGAUCAAUUCUGAAACGGUUGGGAGAAUGGAAUCUACACCAGCCACCUCAAACCUAGAAACAAUUUUUUCAACUCUCCUGGAGUCCAUGGACGUUCACGGUGAACUACAUUUUUACGUUGAUGAAGGUACAACUGAAAUUUUGUUGUUUGUGGCUCAUUCCUUUCUAGGGAAGAUUGUGGUGUUUAAAUACGGACUUGUACUUUUGGAUAUGAAGGAAACUGUGGAAAGCUACAAUAGCUGGAGUGACAAACAUAUUGAUGUUCCACAGUUGGUUGAAGAUAAUGAUGCCGACAGUGGUGGAAGUUCAUGUGAAUAUCAAGCUUGCAAUGUUUCAGAGUUUAACAUUUCUGACAUGAUACUUUCUGGCUUACCCAUUGAAGACAACUCAAUAUAUGAUUACAUUCCAGACACAGCUUGCUUACCUGACUACAAAUGUGAUGAGCCAAGUAUGUUUUUUAAUGUGGCUGAGGAAUGUAUGAUGCUACCUUUCCUCGAGGAUACCACGGAAACAAGCAAUGGCCAUGAUAACGAAACACGUGAAGAAAGCAUAAUAAAGUCUGAUGAUUCAAGCUUAUAUCUAGCAAUCCAUCAAUUGAGAUCCUGCAACCAGGAUUCUGAUGUUAAUUUCUGUACCGACUCAGAUGAAGCAGAGUUUUUUGAUCCACACAUGUUCAUCAGAAAUCUACCAGACCUACCAGAUGUGUCACCCAGUUUUCGGCCCACCUUAUUGCCAAAGGAAACACGGAAAGUGAAAUCUGUAACCUUAGUUCUUGAUUUGGAUGAAACGUUAGUCCACUCCACAUUGGAAUAUUGUAAUGAUGCGGAUUUUACCUUUUCAGUGGUUUUCAACAUGAAAGAGCACACUGUGUAUGUGAAACAGCGGCCUUACCUCCGGACUUUUCUGGAGAGAGUUGCAGAGAAAUUUGAAAUUGCAAUCUUCACAGCCAGUCAAAGCAUAUAUGCAAAACAACUUCUGGAUAUACUUGAUCCGGAUGGAAAGAUCAUUUCACGCCGAGCUUAUCGUGAGUCAUGCAUUUUUUCAGAUGGAAAUUACACCAAGGACUUAACGAUUUUAGGUGUGGAUCUUGCAAAAGUUGCAAUAAUUGAUAAUUCACCACAGGUUUUCCAGUUGCAAGUGAAUAAUGGGAUUCCUAUUAGGAGUUGGUUUGAUGACCCAUCAGAUUGUGCAUUGAUUUCAUUACUUCCUUUCCUAGGGACCCUGGUUGAUGCUGAUGAUGUACGUCCUAUCAUUGCUAAGAGAUUCG